CGAGACAUACAGGCUCUACUAGCUGAUCACCGAUCCUGGUUUUAGCUCAGGCGAUCCGAUACUGUAUGAGAAAAAUGGAACCACGCUGGAUUCUAAUGCCUUUCUUUAUACUACAUUUUUGCUGUGUUGGAAUUAGGGCAGCAGAGACAGGCGAACGAUGGAAAAACUACUUAGAUAAGAUCACAGAAGCCACUCGGUCUUACACGCCCUGUAACCCACAGAACUGCAGCUGUCAUCUCAGAGUUCUGGAAAACGAUCUCCGUCCGUUCCAGGAUGGAAUUUCGGAAGAGGUGUUUCGGGAGACUGUGCAUCGGGGUGUGGGGACACACUACCAGGUCAUCGGGAAGAAACUAUACCGUGAGCAGAGCUGCAUGUUCCCAGCAAGGUGUAGCGGUGUGGAGCACUUUAUCCUGCAGGUGAUAGACCGCUUGCCAGACAUGGAGAUGGUGAUUAACGUGCGUGAUUACCCCCAUGUGCGCCACUGGGUGCAUCCAGUCCUGCCUGUCAUGUCCUUCAGUAAGACUCGGGACUACCAUGACAUUAUGUACCCUGCCUGGACAUUUUGGGAAGGUGGACCAGCGGUGUGGCCCAUAUACCCCACUGGAUUGGGUCGCUGGGACCUCAUGAGGGAGGAGUUGGAGAGGUCAUCAGCACAGUGGCCAUGGAAAGACAAGGAAUCAAAGGGCUUCUUCAGGGGAUCAAGGACCAGUCCGGAGCGAGACCCGCUAAUCUUGCUGUCGCGGGAGGACCCUCAGCUGGUGGAUGCAGAGUACACAAAAAACCAGGCCUGGAAGUCAGAGAAGGACACACUGGGCAAACCACCAGCCAAGGAGAUACCCCUGGUGGAUCAUUGCAGAUACAAGUACCUCUUCAACUUCCGUGGGGUAGCUGCCAGCUUCCGCUUCAAGCACCUGUUCCUCUGUGGUUCCUUGGUGCUGCAUGUGGGUGACGAGUGGCUGGAGUUCUUCUAUCCCCAACUUAAGCCCUGGGUCCACUACAUUCCUGUGAAGCAGGACCUCUCUGACGUCCGAGAGCUGCUCCAGUUUGUAAAAGAAAACGAUGAUGUUGCUUAUCAGGUGGCUAAAAGAGGUCAGCAGUUCAUCCAGGACCACCUGGAUAUGGAAGAUGUGUCAUGUUACUGGGAGAAACUUCUCACCGAGUUUGGCCGUCUGCUGAAAUACAAGCCCAGAAGGAACGUAGCCUACGACCAGAUCUCCAGCAAGACCGUCCGGACUGAGCUGUGAGCGUCACACACCCACGGCCGACGGUUGCUCAGAAGGCUCCCAGAUUCAGGUCAAGCAUCUGCAUUUUGGCUGAGGGCCACAUCCAGAGCUUCUUCUCCAAUUGCAAAAGAACUCAAGUUUCAUCUUGAAGAUGGUCGUUGAAUAGCAACUGAAGAACCAAAUAUGUCUUGUGUUCCCUUGUUUUUAUGUUUUGUAAAAGUGUAAGAUUGUACCUGAGAUUAAAUAGUUUUCUUAUAAUGGAUUUAGUGCUUUGGUUCUGCUUUUAAAGUUUAUUUUCUUUUCAUUUUGGAUUAAUUGCCAUCGAAAUGGAUGCUGUAUUCAGACGGAUUUUAUUGCCCCUUUGUGGAUGACAAUAGACUGUUUCAGUAUAUCCAACUGUACUUAACGAACGGCAAAGGACUGGUAGAAAAUGUAACUAUGAUCACAGAUGCAACACUGAGAAUAUGGGGCACUGACCAGUGGUAGUAGAACAAUGAAUGUCACCCAUGGAUUUAACAGUUUGCCAUAUUUGCAAUAUAGUUUUUUUUUUAUUCUGUGUGUCAAUUAUGUUUAUAUUGCAUUGUGGGGUCCAUUUUUCAGGUCCCCACAAAGAUCUGUGAAUUCGAUCAAAAGGUAAAAAUGCCAAAAGUCUUGUAUUUUGUUUGGUUACUUAUGGUUAAAUUUAGAGCUGGAUAGGGGUUAGAAAUGAAUGGAGGGUCCCCACAAAAAUAUAAUUACAAACCUGUGUGUGUGUGCGUGUGUGUGUGUGUGCGCGCGUGUGUGUGUGCGUGUGUGUGCGUGCGUGCGGGCGUGCGUGCGUGUGUGUGUGUGUGUGUGUGUGUGUUAGGGGGAGGGGGGGCGGUAUCCCUGCCUUGUUCCCUGUGCUGCUUCAGCCCCGGACCAGGAUAAGCAUUUUGAAGAUUGAUGCAUUGAUAUGUGUUCACAAUAAAACAUUUUAGUUAAAAA